UAUGCAAAAUUUUUUUGAACAACGUGGAAUAGGCAGAAAUUCAGCUGAUCCUUUUAAUUGCAAGAGACACUCUGAAAAGCCAAAACUCUCCAACGAAAAAUCUAUGAGCAACCUUAAAGACGAAAUUUCAAAUGAGAUUGAAAAAAUUAAAGAAAAGAAAGAGAUGAAGCUUGCUCAGAUUGAACAAGAGGUGCGAACUUUGAAGGCUGUGAUAGCCAAACACGAAAGUAUUCUUAAUGAAGAAGUCGAAUCGUUUUACUCGAAUCGCCAAUCGAAACUAGAAAGCUUGUUAGAAAGCAUAUCAACAAUAGAAAAGCCUCCUACAUCAAAUGAUGCAGAGAUUCAAUCUCUUUACAAGUCUACCUAUUCAGCUCUUGAAAAGAAGCUCAUAAAAGUGAUAGAGAAUACUCUAUCAGGAGAUAUUGCUUUUACAGAAUCAAAGCUAAACUCUCAAGUAACAAUUGGAGAAAUAACGUUACCUAUUAAAAUUCAUCAUUCGCAUUGA